AUGCUUUGGGCCACAGAUGACCACCGUCGACUGCAGCCGACGCUGCUUAUCCCUCUGCCCUCUCUGAUGAUCCACGUGGAACAUCCGUUCCCUGAUACAAACCUCGCGCUUGGACUCCUGGGUUUCCUUCUCCUGCAUCAGGCCCUGGACGUCCAGGCAAGGAGCAUCGUGAAUCCUGGAUUUGGAUGGCCAAACAAGAUUGCUGACAUGGAAGAGUUUGAGGCCCAAGAGGAAGACCCUAGCCUGGAGGGAAAACUUGCCAUGAAUGCUUUCACCAAAGAUGUGGCUCUGCUUGGCAAAAGAGGGGACUUUUGGUGCUUAUCGUGCGUUCUCCUCCGACUCCUCCUGGAGUCUGAGGCGAACCUGAAUCCAGUCUGCCCCACAGCCUGUGUGUGCUUGCCGUCUGGGCAAGUCAAAUGUAUGGGUGACAUUACAGAGAUCCCUCCUCUGGCAACUGAGACAACAUUCCACCUGGUUCUUCAGAACACCAAGAUCACCGUCCUCAAGGACAGAUGCCUUGAGUCUCUUGUUCUGACGCUGCGAUUCGCGCUCCAUUACAGCCCUCUCGACCUCAUUCAACCAGAAGCCUUCAAAGGCGCAUCACAGCUCAAGUCUCUCAGCUUGUCCUAUGAUGCCCUCUCACAUCUCCCGCCCAGAGUCUUUGGCGAGCUCUCCAACCUACAAGAACUCUUUCUGAGGGGUAACCAAUUGACGUCAAUCAGCUCCAGCAUGUUUGAGGGUCUUGGGAACCUAACGGAACUGGACAUUAGCCAUAACCGCAUCGCUCACCUUGACUCAGAUGCCUUCCGGAGCCUCGGCAACCUGGGGUUUCUAAACUUGGCGAGGAACAUGUUGACGCAUCUCCCACGUGACGUGUUUCACAACCUCAAAGAACUCCGCCAACUUCAUCUCCACUACAACCAGCUACAGACUCUGGAGGCUGGCUCUUUUGACCAAGUGCACAAGCUGAGAGAGCUGCAGCUGUUCAACAACCAGAUCAGAUCUAUCCCUCCACGACUCUUCUGGAAUGUUCCGAACCUAUCGACUCUGACCCUCUCCCGCAACAUGCUCCAGUACAUCCCAGAAGAAAGUUUCUACUACAUGCCCAGUUUGGUCAAACUCACCAUCUACGACAAUCCAUUACUUUCUCUGCCUGACCAACUGAUGGGCCACAUGCCAAAAAUGGAGGUGUUCUACCUGUACGAGACUAACCUUACCACCGUACCUUGGAACCUGUUUGCUAACAUGACCGGGCUUAAGAUACUUAAUUUUCAUCUCAACUAUCGGCUGAGCUUCCUGCCGAAAGAUGUUUUCUGCUGUCUGCCUAACCUUCAGACACUUUCACUGAAACAAAACAGCCUGGAUGAUCUGCAUCCUGAUGUGUUCUCCUCUCUGACCAGCCUUACAGAUCUGCUGCUCCAUGACAACAAACUUCGUUCUCUCCCAGUGACUAUCUUUCAUAACCUCUCGAAAUUGAAAAGAAUUGAGCUUAAAAACAACCUUCUGCGAAAUCUUCCGGGGGAUGUUUUUGCAGGCAGCAGCAUACUGGCGAAUGUCACCCUGGGAGGAAACCCAUGGAAUUGCAACUGCAGCAUAAUUGGAAUUGCGGAAUGGACCAGCGAGAACCGACAGCUGGUUAAAGACAAUGCGGAGGUCUUGUGCCACGAACCCUUGAACUUACAAAACCACACCCUGUCAUCAAUAACCUAUGAUUUUCUCAAUUGUGAUUCGACAACCACCAUCAGAGCACCGUCAACUCCUGCUACGACCAUCGCUACAACUGAAGGACGACGCAAGAUGUUGACCACACCGUCUCUCAAAGCAAAGAGUACAGAUCCCUUGACAACCACACCGAAAUCUGUUACGACUCCCUUUGCUUCUACGGUCCCUUUCAGUACAGCCCUCUCAGCAAGCACACCAAAAUCUGUUACGACUCCCUUCACAUCUAGGGUCUCUCUCAGUACAAGCAUCUCCACAAAUGUCCCCUCGGAUGGCACUGCCGAGGACAUCUUUGAAAUCGUUGAAGUCGUUGAAGCCUUUGACAAGGUUGUCGUCCUUGACGAGGGGAGGUCUCAUAUCAUUCACAACAAUCAUCACAAUGGUUGGGUUUAUCUGUGGACGGUGCCAUCCAGGGGAACCAUCAGUGGGCUCUUAAUGGCCCUCCACAUUGUCCUUGUGGCCACUGGUGUAGUUUUGAUUGUGGCUACCUUGUAUGCUCUGUACCGUCUUGACCAAGAGUUGCGCAAUCUGGGAACUCUGUCUAGACUGAAACACCAAAAAAUUACUUAUGGAAGAUGGGAGAAGUUCCAUGACAAACUGUAG